AUGGUGUCCCGGCGGAACAGAACCCUUAUUACGCUGUCAGUGUUCCUCGCAGUGUGGGCGUGGAACGCAUCGGCGGCCGCCGUGAAGGGUGAGACAGGUGUUAACGUGGGCGAAUUGAGUGCGUCCCAGAUCGAGGAUCAAUUGCAGGAAUGCCCACUUGUCCGGGCCCUCGGCGAGCACAAGGUGGCUACUAGCCCCACUACUUCGAGCGUUACCUCCAGGGUCUUCGCCUUUCUCUUUCCCGGCAGCCCGGCAGUCAAUGCCCUUCUCGCGACGCUUUACAUCUCAGGUCCGCCGAACUUCCUACUCGCGCUAUGUCCGCCGAACAUCGACCCCUCGUCUUUGUCUGUCAUGGUGGCAUUCGCAGUUGGUGGACUGCUGGGUGAUACGCUGUUCCAUCUACUUCCAGAGAUCUUUCUGGGCGAGGAUGAGCAUGAUAAAGUCAAGUUCGUUAUGGUGGAACCGAACAAAAAUUUGUUACUUGGCGUGGCCAUCAUGGUGGGAUUCGUCACAUUCGUGGCCAUGGACAAAGGCUUGAGGAUUGCAACCGGUGGUGAGAGUGGACACGACCAUUCUCAUGGACACUCUCAUGAGAAGACUGAGACCGCUGGGCAGACCACGGGCUCUGAGAUGAAUGGUUCCAAAGACUCGCUCCGAGCGCGCAAGGCCACCGCGAACGGUAUCACUCCACCGCCGACUCCUGUCCCAGCUGCAGAGAAAGAGAAGGAGAUUAACGCGAGCGUCAAGCUCGGCGGCUAUCUCAACCUGAUCGCAGACUUUACACAUAAUAUCACUGAUGGGCUCGCUAUGAGCUCAUCGUUCUACGCUUCCCCGACUAUCGGCGCGACCACGACAGUAGCUGUGUUUUUCCACGAGAUACCACACGAAGUGGGCGACUUUGCUCUCCUCAUCCAAUCCGGCUUUAGCAAAAGAGCAGCGAUGGGUGCGCAAUUUAUCACUGCGCUUGGCGCUUUGCUGGGUACAUGCAUCGGCAUUGCUGUCCAGGAGUUCGGCGGCAACUCAGCUUCGGCCGAUUUUCAAGGACCUGGGCUUUUCGGCACUAGCCUUCAAUGGGGAGAUAUGCUGCUACCGUUCACUGCAGGAACGUUCCUGUAUGUUGGAACGGUGGCGGUCAUUCCUGAGCUUCUCGAGACUGGCCCCGAGAAGGGGAAAGAGCUUAGGAAGACGCUCACGCAGUUCGCAGCUAUGUUCGCCGGGGCUGGUAUAAUGCUCGCCAUCUCAUGGUCUUGA